AUGGUGUCCAAAAAAUCUGGUUUGGGCUAUUCACGUGGUCCUACUACUAGCUCUACACCACCCCAUAAGUCAUCUUCUUUAGUUUCACUCUUUGCAUCCAAGGAUUCAGUAGAUUCAUGUUCCUCAGGUGACAGAUCCGCUGAUGCUUCAUCUUCUAAGUCUUUCUCAAACUUCCUGAGAAGAAAAACGUGUUCCAGAUACAGUAAACUGUCUCCUGGUUCAACCUUCAGCACCCCUCUCACACAGUCAGUCAGAACCAAAAGUGGCUUGAAAAAUUCUACUUCUUCAAUCACUUCAUCAUCAAUGACAAACCAUUCCUAUACGAUCUCACCUGCUAGCUCCUUUGAUGGAUGGUCCUUAGAAUCAUCAUCAUCAGCUUCUGCUGCCAAACAGGGACCUCAUAACUUGGAUGCCAGUCUUGAUUCUACUCUCACAGGCGUCUCAGUAGGAACUGAUGCCACUCAAGCAAAAGAUUUGCAGAGUCCUUCACCUGAUCUAUUUUCGGUUUUUCAAGAAAUUCAGGAAACUAGUUUGCCAAGUCAAUGUCCACACAAAACUUUAAGAGCAACUACUCCUGUUCCUCUUGCAUCAUCAGAGAACUUCAUACCUUCAGGUCUUCAAAUGCCAUCACCAAAAAUGGGGUUUUUUGAUGAGGUUAGUUUUAGUUNGGAAACUAGUUUGCCAAGUCAAUGUCCACACAAAACUUUAAGAGCAACUACUCCUGUUCCUCUUGCAUCAUCAGAGAACUUCAUACCUUCAGGUCUUCAAAUGCCAUCACCAAAAAUGGGGUUUUUUGAUGAGGAGAAAUCUAUGCUGCCAAAGGUAAGAGGAAGUCUGCAAUUUCAAUUUAGAGCACAGAAUCCUGUAAAUAAUAUUGAUGGUGCUGCUAGUAGAAAAGGGCCAGGUGAGCUUCAACCAGCUAAGACUUUACCAGAGACUGGGAAGAUAAGAACAGGCGUGCUACAUCCUGCUUCGGGCGUCAGGCCUAGGUAUGCUGCAGGGUUUCAAGCGCUAAAUAAUGCACCACCAAAAAGGUCUGGCACGUUUGCAACCAUGAGAUAUAGCUUAGGCACAUCUUCAAUUGCUCAUACUGCUAUAUCUCCUCCAGUAGACACAGAAAAUUGCUUGAAAAUCAGAAGAGUUGGUGCUGAGCAAAAUGCUACUAGAAAAGUUGGCCAGAGUUCUAGUUUGAAGUCAAAAGGGGUAAGAAACAAAGGGAUAUUGACCAAUAGAAAGGGAAUAGAGAAUAAGAGGCAAAAAGAUGAGACUGGCAUCCACAGCGAUGCUUUGAACUCGUCUAAGAAAAAACAAGAAGAGGCCAGCCAGCACCAUCUUGAGAACAAUCUGCAUUUAUAUCCUGAAAACGAGAAGAAAACCCUAGCUGGUUUUGAAGAUCAAGUUAAUGGUUUACGCAGGUAUUUCGAGAUCAUUGAUCUGAACAAGGAUGUGGUGAUGGAACUCAAAGGAAAAAGUGGCAAUUACCCUGAAAGUCACAGUACACCCAUUUUCUCAUCCUGUAAUGGGGAUAACCUUCUUUUUGAUCGGCAGCAGAAUUCACCAAUCAUAUCCUUGAAUCAUAGUCCACUUUCUGUUCCCACAACUGAUGAGGUUCUACCCAGCACAAGAACUCCAUUGGCUGACAGAACUUCUGUCUGCAAUAGCGGUGAAUUAUUUUUGUUGUCAUUAGAUUCAACAAGAGAAAAGACGGUCGAAAAGGCAUCAAUGUUUCUCUCUCCUGAAGGCACUCAUAGAAAGAACACCUGA